AUGCGUCAGCAGCAUCAAGCCGGCCCCAACUCGGAUGCAGACGCCUUCUUCCGCCAACAGCAGGCAGCUUCCAUGCCUCGAGGCGCGGCUUCUUCCGCAUUCGACCUGCAAGCUAUGCGAAACGAGCUCAGCAGCGCCGUUCCACCCUUCCAGCCUCACAACGCCGGCGCUGCUUGGGCAUCUCAAAUGCCUCGCAAUGGCACUCCCUCCAACGCAGACAUGGAAGCCGCCUUCGCUAGACGAGGCGCACCUGCCAGGUCCAUGCAGCCCUCCGCAGGCUCGUCCGCAUGGGCUCAGCAGUUUGGCUCAUCGCAGCACCACCAGCCAGCAUCCAUGCGCCAGAUGCCCGGUGGAGACGCUUCCGGCUCGGGCGACUCGGCCGCUUAUGCAUCUCGUCCAACCAUGGGCUCGUACGGCGGCAUGGGAAUGGGAAUGGGCGGCAUGGGUAUGGGCAUGGGAAUGAUGGGAGCAAUGGGCUCCAUGCAGCAACAGCAGCAGUAUCCACCUCAGCAGUCACAGUCUUCUCAGUCUCGCUUCACCGAGCUCGACGAUGCCAAGUGGGAGGAGCAGUUCAAGAAGCUCGAUGCAGAGCAAGCAGAGUCCGAAUCCAAAGGCAAGGGGAAAGCAAAGGACGCAGAAGCCGAUCUUCUCCCCUCGGAGGCCGAGCAAGCCGAAUCCAUCCGUCGCGAGCUCGACGCCAUUGAGCAAGAACUCUCUGCCGACGGUCAGGAAGCCAACUCGCGCUUUGAGGACCUCUGGCGAUCCAUGAACUCCCGCAACGGCAUUCCACCCUCUUCUGCAGACGCCGAACUCGCCAAAUGGGAGGAAGAGCUCAUGAAGUCCCGGGUCGACGACGACGACGAGCAAUUUGGCUACGCCCAUCCUUCCGGCGGACUCGGUGGUGGCAGGCACGGUCUCGACGAGAUGGGCGCGCUCGACGGUACCGAAGAUGCUCUCUUGGAUGGCUUCGGCGUCGUCGGCCCGGACGGAUAUCCUCGUCUUGGCCAGUAUCGAAGGAGCGAGCAGAAUCCAUUCCAGACGCAUCCGGACCCUCUUUCGGAAGGCUUGCGUCUCCUCUCGAGCGGCGGAAAUCUUUCGGACGCCGCCCUUCUCUUCGAAGCCGCAACACAGCGCGAAACGCAGGGUGGCACUGGAGGCGAAGUCGAGCGAGGUGAGGUGGAUCGAUCGCGUCGCGAGCGUUCCGAGGCAUGGCGCAGGCUGGGCGAGUGUCAGGCGAUGAACGAAAAGGAAGCUCAGGCCAUCCGCGCCCUCGAGGAAGCCAUCAAGAUCGACGAGAACAACCUUGAGGCAUACAUGUCGCUCGCCAUCUCCUACACCAAUGAGGGCUACGACACUGCAGCGCACCAGACGCUCGAGCGCUACAUCUCGCGCGCAUACCCCAACAUCACGGCUGCCCCGCCUCCCGCCUCAAUCUCCGGCUCCAAGGAUCCGAUCGAGGGCACAGAGGGCAAUCCGUGGGCGAGUCUCAAUCGCGUCACCGAUAUGUUCCUGCAAGCUGCUCGACAGGGCAACAGCGCUGGUCAGAUCGAUCCUGAGGUGCAGGUGGGUCUCGGAGUGCUCUUCUACACCCAGUCGGCCUACGAACAGGCUCAGGAUUGCUUUAACACGGCUCUCAGUGCACGACCCAACGACUUUUUGCUCUGGAACCGUCUGGGUGCAACGCUUGCCAACGGUGGCAAACCCGAAGAAGCCAUCGCUGCCUACCACAAAGCCUUGGAGCUGCGACCGACCUUUACGCGUGCCAUCUACAACCUCUCCGUCUCGUGCCUCAACCUGGGAGCGCACCACGAAGCAGCCGAGCAUCUGUUGGCAGCGCUGAGUCUGCAGCAGACGCAUACGCUACCCGAUGUGCCCGAGGGCGAGCAGCCAGCACCGACACCGUUGGCAGAGGCCGGCGAGAGUCACAACCUGUGGUCGACGUUGAGGAGGAUCUUUUUGGUGAUGGAUCGGAUGGAUCUGGCGCAGAAGGCGCAUGUGGGGAGCUCGUUGGAGGCGUUCCGCGGUGAAGGGUUUGAGUUUUGA